GGGAGGGUCCGGAGCGGCCGGGCCGCGCGCACGGACCACGCAACAGGAUUUGGUAUGAAUUAAGUUUUCAGCCCUAAUGUGCUGGACCUUUCUCUUCCUACAUGAAGCACAAUCAUGACCGAUCCAGAAUAUGUCCUAUGCAGAUGGAAGAAGCGUUUGUGGCCUGCAAAGGUUUUAUCCAAAAUUGUAACUUCCACAAGAUCAGGAAAGACGGCCUCUUUUAAUGUUGAAAUACUUGGUGUGAAAGAACAGACUAAAAUAACCUGUACAGAUCCUGAACCAUUGGAGAGAGAGCGUAUACAAAUAAUUGUCUCUGAAUUGAGAGACUGGGAGGAGAAACCUGCUGAUGAAUUGGAAGAAAUAAAGUAUCGCUGUGCUCUUAAAAUUGCUCUAAAUAUUUUGAAUGGGGAAGCCUCUUCUAAACAAGUAGGCCUCUCAAAUGAGGGACCAAUUACUCGAUCAGCUCAGAAAAAAAUUAAAGCACUACUUUCGUUAUCGCCUGAUUCAGCUAGUUGUCAGGUGCCUCUCCCCAAAGAAUUAAAGGGGCACCAGACCUUGAAGAAAGAGGAACAAAAGAAACAAAGCCUCCAAACUGACCCCAAACCCCCCAAAAGUAAACUUUCUCUCAAUUCAGAGGAGGGAGCUAAACCAUGUAGAAACAACACAAGAUCUUCAGUAUCUAAAUCUAAGGACCUGUCUAAUGCAUGCAAGUCAGAAAGCCAAAAUCACAAGACAUCCCAAUCAAAAGUAAAGACAUUAAAAAACCAGGAAAAAGUGAAUUCUGAAUUGUCCAAAGCAGUCAGGAGCUCGUCACUUACACGAGAGGAGAAUGUAAAAACCAAGGAGGGAAGAAAAAGGUCAAGAAAGAUAUGUGAACCCUCAUCUCCAAUCACUAGACUACAAGUGCCUGCUUUCCUUGGACAGAGUACCCCAGUAUCUGCUAACUACACUUCUGCCACAGCAGCUGCUUUUGGAACAAAGGCAAAUGGGAAAAAGCGGUGUGGAAGGAGAUUACUGGAUUCUUCUAUGGAAUGUCUCUCCACUGAAUUGCAAAGUGAAGUCAGUGAAGAGAGUGAAGCUUCAGGAAGGAAAUGCAGAAUCUUAGAGGGGAGCAAGAAGCUAGUGAAUUCAAGACUCGUCUGGAAACGAGCAAGUAAUGCAGUUGCAUCUCCGUGCAGAAAAAGGAGGUGCAGAAGUUGCCCUGAGCCUUUAUGCAAGGCUUCUAACCCUAGAAAGCGCCCUGACCACUCUCCUUGGCCUAGAGAAGAGAAGAAUAAGAGUAAUUUACGUGCAAAAAAUAUUGAGCUUCCUGACUUUCAGGAAGAUGAAGAAUUGGAAGCUUCUGAUUUGUCUUCGAAGCUUAAUUCUUCAGAAAAUAGCCAUCUUGUUUCGAAUUUGGUAGAUGAGGAAGAAGAUGAAGAUGAAGAACUCCCUAGUUUCCUUUUACAUCAAGAACCAAGUUCAAUUGAACCAGGGAUGCUGGUUUGGUGCAAGUUACCAAGAUAUCCAUAUUGGCCAGCAGUGGUAAAAAGGGUGUUUCGGAAACCUAAAAAAGCAGCCGUGCUGUUAAUACAUGGAAAUGUGGAUUUCAAGAAGCCAAAGGGUUUUUCAACACAUCUUAGAAACCUGAAGCAUUUUGACUGUGAAGAAAAGCAGAAGCUAAUAGACCAAGCCAAAGAGGACUACAGCCAUGAGCUUGAGUGGUGCAUUGAAUUGAUUUCAGACUACAGAAUUAGAGUAGGCUGUCAUUCUUUUACAGGCUCCUUCUUAGAAUAUUUAGCUGAUGAUAUCAGUUAUCCUGUUCGAAAAGAAGUUAAUCAAAGUGUAGUCCAAAUGACCUUUCCACAUGUAGCAGAGGAAGAUCUUGAAGAGUCUGUUUUGGAAAUUCCAUCUGACAAGCCAUCCAAGAAAGUUCUUCCUGAUAGAACGAGAGCUGCCAGAGACAAAGCCAAUGAGAAGAUUGUGGAGUUCAUAGUGAAGACAAAGGGAGCCGAGGAGCAUCUCCAGGCUAUUUUGAAAAGCCAGAAGCAGUCUCGGUGGCUGAAAGAAUUUCUGAAUUCCAGUCACUACGUGACCUGUGUCGAGACCUACCUGGAGGAUGAGAGGCAAUUGGACCUUGUGGUGAACUAUUUGAAAAAAGUCUAUCAUGAAACAGAUGCCAGAAAGCUGGAUUUAGUAAAUGGCGAUAAAAUAAAAUUUAUUUUAGAUGUCCUCUUGCCUGAAGCCGUCAUUUUUGCAAUUUCUGCAGUGGAUGACAUAGACUACAAGAAAGCAGAAGAAAAAUACAUAAAAGGACCCUCAGUCAGCAAAAGGGAAAGGGAAAUAUUUGAUGAAGAAAUUCUGGAACAAAAAAAACUGGAGCUGUUGGAUACUAAACUGGCUUCUGAAGACAGCAUCUAGAAAAAGUGGUAGGGAACUUAUUAAAUCUGCACUGAUGUUAACUGUAUAUAAUGGAGAAGAAAAUACUUGUACAAACUUCAUAUUUUAUACAAAACUUUUUUUUAACCAAUAUGUAAAUACACUUCAGUGGAUGUAUUGAAUCUUGAAGGUACUCUGUUGCCUUGAGCUGAUUGUCAAUCAUUAUUCUUAACUUCUGUGUAAAGGAGCUGGAUGUAGUACUUGCUACAAGUAUGUAAUGCCAAACUCCUUGUAAAACUUGGUUUAUGAUGACAUGAUAUAUGUUCUUUGCAUAGAGCCAGCUGAUCAGUUUGCCUUCAUCGCACUGUACUUGAAAUGCACUUCAAAGCUGUCUAAAAUGGAGGAAUAUGAAAUGUUUUUGCAAGACUUUUUGAUCUAACCUCAUAAAUUUGUGUUUUAUUUUAUCUGAAUUAUUCUAUCCACAUAUGAACAAAGGGCUGUCGGUCUCCAAUUUAACUCGCAGUGGUAACAGUAUAUUAAGAGUUACAGGAUUAUGUAGCUUGUGGUGACUUCAAUGAAUAUAAAGUACCUGGCUGCUUGUUUUAACAUCCUUCCAAAGAGUUGAUGUCCUUGCUGUACUUGUAUUUGUUGACGGGGAAAUAAAUGUCACCCAGUAAAGAAACCCAGGUUGCCAAAAGCUUUGUUUUUUUUUGUUGGUAGGACAGCUGAAGCAGAGUCCAAAAGGAGUUCCAGUUUGCUAAGGCUUGUUUUUUAAAACACAAUUAGUUUCGCCGCUCACUUAAAGUUGGAAUUCAUAAUGUGAAUCUCAUUGGCAUACUGUGAGUUAAUGGAACUGCAGUUUCUAGGCACAUAUAUCUGGUCUUCGCAAUAUAUCUAACGUAAUUGACUAUAUCAGAUGUACAUGUUUCUGGGACUGUCAGCAUUUGAAACUGCUCCUAUCAUGGCAUCAUAAAUUCAGCAGUGCGUUGCCAAAGAGAUUGCUGUUGUCUGGCAGGGCUGUGUUGAAUCUGACAAGUAUUCCACAAACAGACUUUGACAGUUUGGAACCAGAAGGGUUCAGCUACUUGUAUUUUGUUGGCAGCGAAAAUAUCUGACCAGAUCAGUCCAAACUGAGUUGAGUUUGACUUUGACUUUUAUAUGGGACUAAAUGCUGAGUCUAAUUAUUCACAUCGAACUUCUUGGGGAAAAUAGAUUGUAAAAUGGCACAUUUGUAUAAUUCUAAUUAUGUAUAUAAUAUGUGGUUAAUCUGAAUACCUUUUAAGAAUUACACUAACUAUACUGCAUUUUGGGUUUUGAUAUUUGUGAUAUAAUGGCCUUUUAGUGGGCACAUUAAGAACAUGAAUGUAAUACAGGAAUGCCUACGUGUCGCUUAAAACAUCAUCCCUUAUUCAGAAGCCUUAGUGAGGGGAAAAUAGUAAGGGAUAAUGCAGUUUAUAAAUACUUGAUCGUUGUGUCGGCUCUCUUUAAUGCCAAGCCAGUCACAUAAAUGUACCUUCAGCUAUGGAAAUGCCUUGAAAGCUGCUUUAGCAGACAGUAGAGAGACUUUGUGGACCGUGGGCUGUCUCCUUAGACGAGCUUCACGUUCAUGAAAAACUAAUCCCACUGAAGCCCCUGCUCUCGCAGGCAUUGGCAAUGCAUGGUGCAGCUCUCUUCUUGCGUUUAAAAAAAGAAACAACCCUUU